AUGAGAAAAAAUGCAGAUUCGAAAAGCCGAACUCCUGUAAUGUACCUCAUCUUGCUGUCCUUCAUUUUCGUAAUAAUCUUCGUAUUCUCAGACGCUGUUUUUUGCUCCAUCAAAUUGAGCAUACAAUCAGAGUCACAAUUACAAACUUGUUCAAGAAAACUAGCCGAAUUAUCACAUUACAUCAAUGCAGAUUUAUCUAGAAGAGGAAAAAAUGAUAAAUUUAAAGUGCCAUAUAUAAGCAACAAAGUUCUGCCAUUCGGAUGUGAAGAGAAGGAUAUUUCAAAAAAACUAUCAAGAAAGAAUAUAGAAAAACUGUCGUAUACUACAGGCUUUCUUUUUGCCGAUAAAAAGAAGGCAUAUAUUGUUUUCUAUUACCUGAAUGAUUACCAUAAGGAGAAAUAUCUUAAGAUGAUAAAUGAGCUAUGGCUAGCUUUUACUAAAUUAGCAGCAAAGAGUGGAAUGCCUGAUGAACAACGAUUGAAAUGUUUAAUGGAUUGUCAUUCAGCUCUCACACGCGAUUUAGAUACUCUGGACGAAUCCUAUGAAAAUCGUUUCUUUUCCAUGGCCAAAAAGAAAUUAAUGUUACAAUUAAGUUUUCGAAUAUUUAUUUUAAGCCUUAUAUGGUCCUUUUCAAAAUUAACAGCAGUAAAUAAGAACAAGUGGAAGAAGGCUUUGAGGAAUAAUAUAAAAACGUACAAAUCGUAG